ACACUUCCGUAAUUAACACCAAAUCCAAGCCCCUUCCUCCAUUGAUUCCCUUAUUUAUUCUUCCUCCUUCUUCCUCCUUUCAUCUUCUCCAAUCUCCCUCCUUCUGAACAUGCAAUCUAACUUACACCCCCUGUUCAUCCCAAUCUUUCUCCACUGGUAAUUCCUCCGCCUUUUGUUGGCCGUCAUUUGGCCGAGCCGAGUCUACCAUGACUCGGCGAUGCUCUCAUUGUAGCAACAACGGCCACAACUCACGCACCUGUCCAUCGCGCGCCGGUGGUGUCAAGUUGUUCGGCGUUAGACUCACUGAUGGUUCUAUCAUGAAGAAGAGUGCCAGUAUGGGUAAUUUAUCUGCUCUAUAUCACUCAUCUUCUCCGGCUGCCGUCUCACCUAAUCCUAGCUCCCCCGCCACUUCUGACCCCGUAGAAGGUUACCUUUCCGAUGAUCCUGCUCACGCAUCUUGUUCCGCUAAACGCCGUGCCGAUCGCAAAAAAGGUACUCCGUGGACAGAGGAGGAGCAUCGAUUGUUCCUACUCGGUCUCCAGAAACUGGGCAAAGGAGACUGGCGUGGCAUAGCACGCAAUUACGUCCUGUCCAGGACUCCUACUCAGGUUGCUAGCCAUGCCCAGAAGUACUUCAUAAGGCAAUGCAGUGCUACUCGAAGAAAAAGGCGUUCUAGCCUUUUUGACAUGGCUCCAGAUAUGGCUGCAGAACCGCCAGAAGAUCAUUUCAUGCUCCCUCCAGCGAUAGGUACGGAUCAUACCGAAAAAACCCAGUGUUCAUUGAAACUCUCUUUGAAACCCGAUUCCGAUCAAUCUAUGGACACUGCUUCUCCAAUCGAGAUGAAAGAAGCCAUGAUCAAAGAAGAAACAUCAACGACCGUAAGUGAACUCCCACCAAUAAUACCGACAUUUUAUCCCGCUUACAUCCCCAUUCCGUUCCCCGUAUGGCCAUCAACCAUGACCCCACUCGAAGAACCAACUAAUAAUAACGACAAUAACAAAGGAGCAGAUCCAUCUCACCAUCGAGUCUUGAAGCCGAUCCCGAUCCUUUCAAAAGAACCCAUGAAUCUAGACGAAUUAGUCGGAAUGUCGUCACAGUUGAGCCUAAAGGAAACCGAGCCUUCACCUCUAUCGUUGAAAUUACUGGCGGAACCCUCGAGACAGUCGGCGUUUCAUGCCAGUACUCCGGCCGUCGGAAACGGUGGUUCAGGUGUAAACAAGGGUGGCAGUAAUGGUUUCCGGCCAAUUUGAAAUGUGGUUUGCCAUGCAAGUUACAUGGGGUGUUAGAUUAGUGUGUUUUGGGGUUUUAAAUAUAUUUUAUUCUUUUAUUUUUAUGUAAACGAAAAAAUAAUACGUAUUUAGGAGUUUUUCAUUUUUUAUUUUUAUAAUAAUUUAUGUUUUUUUGUAAUGUAAACAGUGUUGUGAUUGAUGUUUGAUGACCUAAUGA